AUGCUGCCGUUUAGGAUACCCCACCAGCCAAAAUUCGAUCCGGACGUGAACUGGGAGCCAGACAUUGUCGCGACCCCGUGGUGGGCGGACGACAAGUACAACGUUGGCGUGGAGACGGUCAGACCCAUCAACGUCCGAGUGACUAAUCCGCUCAUUAAACGGAGUGCGACGAUAAGGAUAUGUUUGGAGGACACCGUUCGCCGGAUAAUGGAACGUUAUUCGGUGUACAAUUCAAAAAUAUGGACCUACAAAAUGAAGUAUUUAGGCAAAACAUUGAAAACAAACUUGAAUUUGUCACAAAAUGGCGUCACUCUGAAAUACGAAGACUCCAUCGAAGACUUUGUGCCAACGUUGAUGUUACACUAUCAAGAGAGAUUAGCCCCGUGGCAAGACGUGAUGCGACGAUUAUUCUAA